AUGACCACUCCUAACAACCAGGAUCUCCCUGUGGCUUUCCACAGUCCAUACCCAGAUGAAUAUAAAAUCGCUGCCCUCGUCUUCUACAGCUGUGUCUUCACAAUUGGAUUAUUUGUUAACGUCACUGCAUUAUGGGUGUUCAGCUGCACCACCAAGAAGAGAACGACUGUAACUAUCUACAUGAUGAAUGUGGCAUUACUGGACUUAAUAUUCAUACUGAGCUUACCAUUCCGGAUGUUUUAUUAUGCAAAAGGCAAGUGGCCAUUUGGAGAAGACUUCUGCCACGUUAUUGGUGCUCUCACGAUAUUUUACCCAAGUAUUGCUCUAUGGCUUUUCGCUCUUAUUAGUGCUGACAGAUACAUGGCUAUCGUACAGCCAAAAUACGCCAAGGAACUGAAAAACACAUGCAAAGCUGUGCUCGCAUGCCUGGGAGUCUGGGUAAUGACUUUGAUGACCACUACCCCUCUUUUAUUUUUAUAUGAAGACCCGGAUAAAGGCUCCAAGCCCGCCACCUGUCUGAAGAUUACCGACAUUAUCCACUUAAAAACCACCAACAUGCUGAACUUCACUCGGCUGGUCCUUUUCUUCCUGCUUCCUCUGUUCAUCAUGAUUGGCUGCUACUUGGUCAUUAUUCAUAGUCUCCUUCGCGGCCGGACGUCUAAGUUGAAGCCCAAAGUCAAGGAGAAGUCGAUCAGGAUCAUCAUCACGCUCAUGGUCCAAGUGCUCGUCUGCUUCACGCCCUUCCACAUCUGUUUUGCCUUCUUGAUGCUGGCAGGGGGAGAACACAGUUACAGUCCCUGGGGCGCCUUCACCACCUUCCUCAUGAACCUCAGCACAUGUCUGGACGUGAUUCUCUACUACAUUGUUUCAAAGCAGUUCCAAGCUCGAGUCAUUAGCGUCAUGUUGUACCGCAAUUAUCUUCGGAGUGUGCGAAGGAAGAGUUUUCGAUCGGGUAGUUUACGGUCAUUAAGCAACAUAAAUAGUGAAAUGCUGUGA